CCCCGUGACCUACAUUCCAGGGGAACGGCCAAUACAGGCAUGACGGGGUUUAUCUUCUGUUCCGCUUUGAUUUAAAGCAGCUCGUCUGACACUGAUGAAAUGGAGCAUGUCUGGCGGAAGUAGCAGAUGCACAGAAGUGGUGAAGAGGCAGGCGACUAAGUGCGGAUGUUCCUAUCAUUCAUACGCGGUGAAGGGACCCAAAUCUCCGGGUUAAUCUUACACGCCAAGUAGAAUUAAAUUUACCACUUUUAAAAGAGCGGAGGAAUGGUUUUGUCAGUUCAAAUAAUGACUCCACUUUACGUAGCUUGUUAGACUUCGUAAGUUUCUGAUACAGGAGAGGGUCUAUAUUAAGCUUAACGUUAACUGCAAUGAAUGAGGAUGAUCAUGAUGUCGUGAGGCGGCUCCUGGUCUGACCAUGUACGAAGUAACCGCCUCUGGACGCGAUACCUGAAGAGCGCAUCGGACAUACACUGUACAACAGAGGAUAACCACUCAAAUAAGACGUUCCGAACUCUAAUCGACCGCCUCCGCGGUGUAGUGAUAUAACGUCCGCCCGGAGAGCGGAAAAAGACGUUACAGAUGGUAGUUGAUCUUACCCUGCCUGGCGCUCGGCAUUAAAGGACUAAAACAAGGACUGGUCGGCUCUGAGUCAGUAUACUGUGUCUGAGUGGGGUAUUCAUGCUAAACUGUAUAUUGAAACAUCUUCGUUUCUUUCUCCACAGAGACGUUGCUGAGGGUGAUGCUGCUGCAACUGCUGCUGGUGUUACAAACUGUUUUCGGCCUGACCAACAGUGUAGAGCUACGGUGGUGGAGAUACCAGCGCAUACAAAAGAAAAACAGAACUUACGACGAUUGUAACGUGGAGGCGAAGGCGUUUCGUCACGGGCAGGUGUUCGUGUUGGAAAGGACGGGGCCAUGCGUAAAAUACAGAUGCCAGUAUGGCGGCUACAAAGUCAUCAACCACGGUUCUCAGUGCCGGGAGGGACGACGAUGCUGGGACCUUCACUCCUACAGAACCAGUGUGUGUACACUAGAACAGUGCCUGGAGAUUGAUGGCCGGGUCAGGUUCGUCGUUGUUGGUGAAGGCUGUCAGUUUGAGAGGAAGUGCUACAAGGUAGGCACCACCUGGAUACACAACUGCUACCUGUAUAUCUGCAGAAAGGAGGACAUGCACAUGGGCGUGGUCUUCAAGUCCGUGCUGCUCGGGGGACGUUGCCGGGACGUUUACGGCGACUGCCAUGACGCCGGGACGUUCUUUCACUACAGGAUGGGCCGAACCCUCUACCGCUUCUGUUCCUGCAAGGUCAGGGGAGGUAAUAUCCAGUACGACUGUUUACCCUGAUCCGCUGUGUUGUACUGUUCUAUACACUGUUGUUGUUAUUAAAUAUUUAUUCGUUA